AUGGAAGAAGACCAGAGGAAAUCCAAAUACACUUGCACUCUGUUAGUGCAGGCAAUGGAUGCCAGUAAAGAAGCAGACGUUCAGAAGGUCAGCAUCAGCCGCAGCAAGUCCUACCGCGAGACCGCGCCUUUCGCGCCCGGCGCCGACGACCUGGGCCGCCCCGACGAGCGGCCAGGACCGGCGCCCGCCCCCGCGGGGGAGGACGAGGACGAGGACGAGGAGCUGCUGGAGGACGAGGAGGACGAGGAAGAGGAGCUGGAGGAGGAGGAGGACGAGGAGGAGCUGGCGGCCGGGAACCCCCCCGGGCCGGGCGCCGACGGCGCGGAGCUGUCGCCCAAGGAGGAGCUGCUGCUGCCGCCCGACGACGCGGAGGGCAAGGACGGCGAGGACAGCGUGUGCCUCUCGGCCGGCAGCGACAGCGAGGAGGGGCUGCUCAAGCGCAAGCAGCGCCGCUACCGCACCACCUUCACCAGCUACCAGCUGGAGGAGCUGGAGAGGGCCUUCCAGAAGACGCACUACCCCGACGUCUUCACCAGGGAGGAGCUGGCCAUGCGGCUGGACCUGACCGAAGCCCGCGUGCAGGUAUGGUUCCAGAACCGUAGGGCUAAGUGGCGGAAGAGGGAAAAGGCUGGGGCUCAGACGCACCCCCCAGGUUUGCCUUUCCCUGGUCCCCUGUCGGCAACUCACCCCCUCAGUCCAUACCUUGAUGCUAGUCCUUUCCCUCCUCAUCACCCAGCUCUAGACUCCGCCUGGACUGCAGCCGCGGCCGCUGCGGCCGCCGCCUUCCCCAGUCUACCUCCUCCACCGGGCUCUGCAACUUUGCCACCCAGUGGGACCCCACUAGGCCUCAGCACUUUCCUGGGCGCGGCCGUAUUCCGGCAUCCAGCCUUCAUCAGCCCUGCUUUCGGCAGGCUCUUUUCCACUAUGGCUCCCCUGACUAGUGCUUCCACUGCUGCUGCCCUACUGAGACAGCCCACUCCUGCCGUGGAAAGUGCAGUGCAAUCAAGUGGGCUAUCAGAUCCAGCAACAGCUGCAGCAGACAGACGGGCUUCUAGCAUAGCAGCUCUGAGGCUGAAAGCAAAAGAACAUGCAGCUCAACUCACACAGCUCAAUAUUAUCCCUGGGAACAGCACAGGGAAAGAGGUGUGCUAAAAUCAGAGAGGAAAAUAUAAGGAAUUAAAGAAAUAAAUAAAGGUCACCUCAGAUAUAGCACGAACCAAGACCAAAUGGAAAAAGAGGACCAGCGACUAAGACAUUGGGUAGGUUCUCGAGUUAGGAACUUGAAGAAAGCAAAAGCAUCCUGUGCAUCUCGGGAGUGAGUGCAUCCACAUUUAGGAGCUCCUGCAUAAGUAACUCCUUGGCUGGUACAUUUUUGAAAUGUGCAACAUCUUAAUUUCUUCAUUGAUCAUUAAACAAAAAAAAGGUCCUAAGACAAGAUAUUAUAUAUAUAUAUAUAUAUUAAUGUUACAUACAUUAAAUAUUUUUCCUUCUGUACAUCUGGCAAAAAUGAAAUUGUAAUUUCAACAGCAACAACAAAAAAAACCAAAACCCUCCCCCACAGCUUCUUAGACUAAUUUAACAUCCUAAGAUGUUGUUUUAUCAGGAGCACUGGAGAACUAUUUUUCAUGGUAAUGCAGCCCGCUGCAUAUUAUCAACCAAGGAUGCUGCCUGCCAGUGCAGAAUGAAGGAGUUUGAUGCUGUAAGAUAACCAGUGCACUUAAAGGAAAGGGUUUAUCUUUUUCUUGUUAUAGUCUUUAUCACUACACCAACCAAGGUUUUUAUAUCAAACCAAAGGGAAAUACACUGCUAGAAUAUGGACUGUUUAAGUCACUAAACUGUGAUUAUUGAUUCUGUACAUACCAUUGUUAUAAAAAAGAAGAACAGAGCUUUGUAUAUUUGAAAUGUUAUAAAACAAUUGCACUCAGUGUAGUGUUGUAAAAGUUUGUCAUCUGUAGAUUCUUACUGUGUUGUAGAUACAAUAGGGUUCCUAGACAAAAUAUUUAUGUACAAACCCUUUAUUUAACUUAUUAACUGUAGAGGUUUCUGAAACCCUAAAAAGGCGAUGGUACAGUA